AUGUCUCAAAAUAUUAAAAUUCUUCCCGGGGCGACUGUAUGCGAGGAUUGCACAUUGGAAGGAGAUAUAACUAUCGGCGGUGGAACUGUUAUUCACCCAAGGGUUACCAUAAUUGCAGAAGGAGGUCCCAUUAUUAUAUCUGAAUAUUGCAUUAUCGAGGAAUAUGCAACUAUUAUACACAAGAAAGCUGAAACACAAGAAACUCCUCCAAAACCCCUGUUUAUUGGAGCACAUAAUGUCUUUGAAGUUGCAUGCAAACUAGAAUCUUUUUUUGGCCACAUAGGAGAAAGCAAUGUGUUUGAAUGUCGAUCAUUUGUUGGUUCUGAUGUGAAAAUUGGCAGUGGCUGCGUUAUUGGUGCGGCUUGUCAACUCACAGUCCCUCAGACACUGGCGGAUAAUACUGUUAUAUGGGGUUCAGAGCACCAUAACAGAGAAGCUUUAGAAAAACAACCCACACAACUAUUACAACUUGACUUUCUCAGCAAAGUCAUGCCUAAUUAUCAUCGUUUAAGGAAACCUAAUAUUCACAAAAGAUUACCAUCCCGGCCAUCUCAAGAUACUGCAAAAUAA